GUUGUCGGUUCGGUUGCGCUGCUGGGCGAAGUUGGUGUGAGGCGCGCACCUCUGGCCGCAGGAAGGUGGCGGCGUCGGCGUCUGUGGAAUGUGAGCCGCUGCUUCUGCUGCUGCUGCUGCGGCGUCCGUCCCAACAGGGUGAUCGGCGGUGCUGCUGCUGCUGCUGCUGCCGCCGCCUUGAUUGCGCCAGGCUCGGGAGCGGAGCCUCCCGCUUGGGUUUAAGGCUCACCGCUGUGCAAUGGGGGCUCCUGGAGUCACUGGAGCGGAUCAGCUGCUGGCGGGCGCUAGCAGGGCUGUAAAUGGGCAGCUCUAGUAUAUUGGCUGGUGUGUGUGUCUGUGUGUGUGUGUGACAGCAGCCCCAGCACCCGCACCCGCCGCCGGCCGAGCUUCCCUGGGAUUAAAGGUGUGGAUCCAGGAGAAGGAAGUUUCAGUCUGGACCUUUCUUGAGCUCAUGAAAAAGAACAAGGACUCCAUAAGGGAACUUCAUUACAGUUGUGGUCUCUCAUCAUCGUCAUGGAUCAUAUUAUAAUCAUCCAAUAGUGUGCCACUCACUUAAAAUGGAAUUUAUCCUAGGGAAGGGCAAUACAGCCCAUGCAUCCUGAGCAUCAUUUCAGCCUUUUCCUUAUUCACUGCUUUUGUCAGACUUGUAUGUAGAUCACUUAACACAAACAAACCAUAAGAUCACGUCUCGCUCAGCCUCAGAUUUCAUACUCUUAACUGAACCUCCAGGUGUUUUAACUCUUCAUCGUCAUGGCUUCAGUAUGGAAAAGGCUGCAACGGGUUGGAAAACAUGCAUCAAAAUUCCAAUUUGUGGCCUCUUAUCAGGAGCUGAUGGUUGAAUGCACCAAGAAGUGGCAGCCAGAUAAAUUGGUGGUGGUUUGGACCAGAAGAAGUCGACGGAAAUCUUCAAAGGCUCAUAGCUGGCAGCCAGGAAUAAAAAAUCCAUACCGUGGUGUAGUUGUAUGGCCUGUUCCUGAAAACAUUGAAAUCACUGUGACACUUUUUAAGGAUCCUCAUGCUGAAGAAUUUGAAGACAAAGAGUGGACAUUUGUGAUAGAAAAUGAAUCUCCUUCUGGGCGCCGGAAGGCUCUUGCUACCAGCAAUAUUAACAUGAAGCAAUAUGCAAGUCCUAUGCCUACACAGACUGAUGUCAAGCUGAAAUUCAAGCCUUUGUCCAAGAAAGUUACAUCUGCCACAUUGCAGUUCUCUUUAUCUUGUAUUUUUCUGAGGGAAGGAAAAGCAACAGAUGAAGACAUGCAAAGCCUGGCAAGCCUAAUGAGCAUGAAGCAAGCAGAUAUUGGAAAUCUAGACGAUUUUGAGGAAGAUAAUGAUGAUGAAGAAGAAAACAGAGUGAACCAGGAAGAAAAGGCUGCAAAAAUUACAGAAUUUGUAAACCAGUUGAAUGCUCUGAGCAGCUUAGAUGAAGAUCAAGAUGACUGCAUAAAACAUGCAAAUAUGCUUUCAGCUAAAUCAGCCAGUUCUUCUGAAGAGCUUAUCAACAAACUUAAUUUCCUGGAUGAAGAGGAUCAGGAGUUAGACAAUUCCAGUUCAAAUCCAUUUGUAGAUCCUGACAGAGUGGAGCUAAACCCUUUUGGAGACCCUGAUAUGGAAGAACCAAUUAUUAAGGAGAUGUCAUCUUCAAAACAAGAAGACUCUUACUGCGAUGAUGAUGAUGAGUACAAUCCCUUUAAAGAAGAGGAAGCUGCUGAGUAUGUAAACCCUUUUGAUGAACCAGACAUUGAACCCGAGGCUCAGGCACCCAUCAAAGACUUUCCUCCUCAACCAGCAAAAAGGAAAAAUGUUCAGCCAGUGGACAUGAGCAAAUACCUCUAUGCCAACACAUCAAAAACAGAUGAUGAAGAGUUAGAUGAAUCAAACCCAUUUUAUGAACCAAAAUCAAGCCCUGCUUUAAAUAAUCAAGUUACUUCACUACAAGAAAUGGAAAGGAAGAUGAAAAGAAAAGCUCCUGAGCCACCCGUCCUCUCACCAAAGGCAGGAAAGGAAACAAGUGAGAACACGUCAGCUAUUCAGGCGGUGAAAGAACUUUCCUCUUCUCCUAAGCCAAGCCCACUACCAAGUCCUGUUUUGGGGAAGAUGCCAAAUGCUAGCCAGUCUCUGCUUGCUUGGUGCAAAGAAGUUACAAAAAACUAUAGAGGAGUAAAAAUCACAAAUUUCACCACAUCCUGGAGAAAUGGAUUGUCCUUUUGUGCAAUAUUACAUCACUUUAGGCCUGACCUAAUUGACUACAAGUCCCUGAAUCCUCAAGAUAUUAAAGAGAACAACAAAAAGGCCUAUGACGGGUUUGCCAGUUUAGGAAUAUCUCGGCUACUAGAACCUUCUGACAUGGUUUUGUUAGCAAUUCCAGACAAAUUAUCUGUGAUGACUUAUCUCUAUCAAAUACGAGCACAUUUCAGCGGACAGGAGCUAAAUGUGGUUCAGAUCGAGGAGAACAGUAGCAAAAGUACCUACAAAGUGGGCAACUAUGAAACAGACCCAAACAGCUCUGUUGAUCAGGAAAAGUUCUAUGCGGAACUUAAUGACCUAAAACGAGAACCAGAAGAGCGACAGCUUGAAGGGCCUUUAACCGACUUCGUUUUUCAGGAUGACUCUGCAUGCAUGAAUGACAGCAGAGUUACAGAUUUGGAAAGUGCAUCUAAUCUGCAUCAAACACCAGAUGAUCACCUGAGCUUCAGCAUGGCUUCCUCUUCUUCUCAAAGGACUAAAAGUGAUGCGGAGCAACAGAAAAACCAGCAGAGCCUAGGAAGGACAUCUGGAUUGGAGGAACCGGAGAAAAGUAGUAUAACACCAGUACCACCUCUGUUGGGAAGGAAAAAAUUGCUCAAAGCAGACACUCUAGAUCUGAGCAAUUUGGCACAGGUCAACGACCCAAAAAGGGAUGCGUUUCCAACAACACUGCAUGAGGAUAUGGACAAGAAAGGACAACAGAAUUCCGCCACUGCCAUUAGUUUCUCAGAACCAGAAAACCACGGUCAUCCAGACCUCAGAGAAAGGAGGAAACUGGAUUUUGACACAUAUGCUGAAAAAACAAAUUUAGAAAUGGGAAAUAAAUCUGGACAUUCUCAAAAUAGGGAUGCAGAUACUGAUAAAAAGCCACCUGUCUCACAGAGGCAGAUGGAGACAGAUUCAGAAUCUGAGAUCAAAACCUCUGUACAAUUCACAGACCUGCCUACAAAAACUGCACAGCUACGAAUGCUAUCAAGACAGGAAGAACUGAAAGAGAGAGCAAGAGUUCUGCUUGAACAAGCAAGAAGAGAUGCGGCAUUAAAGGCAGGAAAUAGACAGCUCACAACCACCCCGGGACGCUCCAAGCAACUGAAUGAUCAGCAAGAUGAAGAGCGGCGUCGGCAACUGAGAGAGAGAGCUCGUCAGCUAAUAGCAGAAGCUCGAUCUGGAGUAAAGAUGUCAGAACUUCCUAGCUACAGUGAAAUGGCUGCAGAAAAGUUGAAAGAAAGGUCAAAGGCAUCUGGAGAUGAGAAUCAAAAAGAUAAGACUGAGAUAGUUACUAACGAGAAGAUUCCUGAAUGUACUAUUACUGGCGGUGAAGAUCAACAUACUAACCUAGAAAAUGACCUUGAUUCUGAUGUUGAACAGAAUAGCAGAUUGGUAGAUUUAAAACUGAAGAAGCUCCAAGAACCGCAACCACAGGUGUCAAGUUCACUUUCCAGUGCUGCUCAAAAAGGAGAAACAAGUAGCACAGAGCAAGAGUUCAAGAGUGAGACAGAAGAACAUCGUGCUGAGCGAUUACAAAAAGCAACAGAACGUUUUAGAAAUCCUGUUGUGUUCAGCAAGGAUUCCACAGUCAGAAAAACUCAGCUUCAGUCAUUCAGUCAAUAUGUUGAAAACAGACCAGAGAUGAAAAGGCAGAGAUCAAUACAGGAAGAUACAAAGAGAGGAAAUGAGGAGAAGGCAGAGAUAACUGAAACUCAGAGGAAGCCAUCAGAAGAUGAAGUGCUUAAUAAAGGGUUCAAAGACACCAGUCAGUAUGUUGUAGGAGAAUUGGCAGCACUAGAGAAUGAGCAGAAGCAAAUUGACACCCGUGCCGCGCUGGUGGAGAAGCGCCUUCGCUAUCUCAUGGACACAGGGAGAAACACUGAAGAGGAAGAAGCUAUGAUGCAAGAAUGGUUCAUGUUGGUCAAUAAGAAAAAUGCCUUAAUAAGAAGGAUGAAUCAACUGUCCCUGCUGGAAAAAGAACAUGACCUAGAAAGGCGGUAUGAAUUGCUGAACAGGGAACUAAGAGCAAUGCUUGCUAUUGAAGACUGGCAAAAGACUGAAGCCCAGAAGAGGCGAGAGCAGCUUUUGCUGGAUGAACUUGUUAUUCUUGUUAAUAAACGUGAUGCGUUGGUCAGAGAUUUAGAUGCCCAAGAAAAACAAGCUGAAGAAGAAGAUGAGCAUUUGGAAAGAACUCUUGAGCAAAACAAAGGAAAGAUGGCCAAGAAAGAGGAGAAAUGUCUUCUUCAGUGACCAGCUUUAUGGAACAAGGCACUUGUCAUGUUUUAUAAUCUAACCCUUCUUAUGUUUUGGAAAUACUGACACCAAGACUAGAAAAAGAAAACUACAAAUAAUACAUUUCAGAACAUAAUAAAAUAUUUGGCUAGACCAGCUUUACCUUGAAUUAUUUUGGGAGUCCCUCUACCCUUCCAUUCAAGCAAUAUUACUUCACAGAUAGCUUUUCACUGGGAUAUACUUGCAGGCUUAAGACAUCAUUAUUUUAAAUAGGUUUGCACCCAGAUCUUACAACAACCUUAGGGUUGUUUGUUAGGGACUUGGGAAUGGCAUAAUGUUUUUGCUGUUCUUAAAAUAAAAUCCAAAAACAUUAUUUUAUGUAAUAGCAUUUCAGGGUGAGAAAGAGAAUGAAAACAGUCUGUACAGUUUCAUCUAGUCCUGCCAUGUGUAUCAUUUAAUACCCAGUUUUAUAGUUAGAACCCAUUUAUUAUAUAGUGUGCUGUAUUUACCAGUAUUUAUUUCAGCAGCAAUUUUACACUUUUAUUGUAAGUAUAAUUAUAAAAUUUAAGAAUUUCUGAUGCAUUCAGAGACCAAUCCUUUUUAACCUAUCCAUUGCAAGAGCCUUCUGAUCUAAAGAUGUGAUUGUAAUGAUAAGGCUCAUUGAAGUGUGAUCAGUUUACAAACAAAAAAAAAAACAUUCUAUAAAAGCUUCCCAUUUUAUUAAUUAUUUAUUUACCCCAUAGUUUAGAUCCUUCUCCAUUUUGUUCGACCUUUGCAUUCUGGCUCCACAAUGCUGUUCAUAUUUAUUCUGUAUCCAUUUACUCUGUAUCUUGGAGGGUCGGUCUUGCGGUUGUUUGCAAAAUCUGCUUACAAGGGACUGCCUCCUCCACUGACAUCCUGACAUCAUUCUUGUGAAAACAGUUAAGUUUAUUUAUUACAAUACUGGAUUAUGUAAAAAUUUUCAAUAAAGCUGGAUCUUUCUUACCAUAA